AUGGUUAAGGAAAUGAUGAGUAGAAUAAUCUUGUUUGUCGUUGGCUUAGGUCGUGCAUCAAGCAAAGAGGAAAGAGAUGCGAUGUUGAUAGGUGAUAUGGACAUAUCCAUGUUGAUGUUUUGUGUGAAGCAAGUCGAAAAGGAGAAGCUGAGGGACAGAGAAGAGUAUAUAAGCAAGAAAAUUAAGACUGGAAUGAGACUGGGUAACAAAAGAGUGGUUCGAAUCGGCCACAGUUUCAGAAAAAAAGGGGUUUGCAGCGUCAUUUGGUAUUGCUCCUGCACACAGAAACAAAGAGUAGUUGAAAUCCUGGCUAGAGAGCCUAAUCUUCAUCAGUUGAGCCAUCAGAAAGAGCUGUACCUAGAGGAGCCACUUCUGGUACUGCCGGAGGUUCAAACCUCCUAUGUGCAAUCACUAGCCACCAAGAGAAAUACAUCUCUCCAGAUGUUGUCGCCCGGCAUGAUCAAAGUCUUUAAUUUUGAUAUUUAUGUUUUGGUAGACCCAGGAGCAAGCUUGUCUUUUGUAAUUCCUUCUGUUGCAAAUCAGUUUGAAAUUCUUCCUGAGAAACUUUAG